UUUAAGGCUCUCUCGAAAGCACCGGAAACUGCUUCUUCAUCCAUAUCUGAUAUCUCCCGACCCAAAACCCAGCCAGACAGCCAACCUUAUCCACCGUCUGAUAUGCCAAACCUCAAGCUAGGCCUUAACUUCCCGUCCGAUGUAAUCACCGACAUCCUAUGCCAACUUCCGGUGAAGACGCUUCUACGGUUCAGAUGCGCAUCCAAGCGUUGGUGCUCCCAAAUAGACAGUCCAGAUUUCAUUAAGAUUCACCUUAGCCACUCCCUUGCCACCAAGUCCAAUCUCGGCCUCCUUCUCAAAAAUUGGUACCUCUAUUCCGUUGAGCUCGAUUCGCUUCGCACCGCCACGGAACUCAAUCCCCCAUUGAAUGUGAUCUGGGGUGUAACCGACGUUUUUGGCUCUUGCAAUGGCAUGUUGGCUGUGUGUAACUCUGAAGAAGAAAUGGCUUUGUGGAACCCAUCAACGAGAAAGCACCAGAUACUGCCUGUUAUGCCGGUUGAGGCUCCUAAAGGUUAUGUAAAUGUUAAACCUCGUCGUUUUACUUUUUAUGGAUUUGGGCACGACCCCAUUAGCGAUGACUACAAGGUGGUGAGGAUGGUGCAGUUUGUUGGUGAUAAUGGGUUUUUCUCGGCUGAGGUUAAAGUUUAUAGCUUGAAGACUAACUCUUGGAGAGGAAUCAAGGACAUACCCAAUUAUAUUCGUUAUCUGUUUCAGCUUGGUUACCUUCUUUUUUAUAGACGAGGGUAUGCUGCGCUUGCUGGUGGUGCUUUGCAUUGGGUGGUGCCUGGAGGGUUUGGAUGCUACUGUAUGAUUGUUGCUUUUGAUCUUGUAGCUGAGGAGUUUCGAAUUGUACCGCAGCCUGAUCGUGUCGAUGGCGGUUUUGUAAUGGAUCUGGGGGUCUUGGAAGGGCGCCUAUGCAUGAUUUGCAAUUACGGUAAUGAUUUUGUUGAUGUAUGGCUGAUGAAGGAAUAUGGAUUAAAGGAGUCUUGGACUAAAUUGUUUAAGGUUUCACAGUCAAGUUUGAACAGGGAUUUUGGACAGGUGAUGCCUUUAGCUUAUUCUAAGAGUGGUGACAAGGACAAGGUUCUUUUGGAAUUGGACAAGGAAAAGCUCCUUUGGUAUGAUUUGAGGAGGAGGAGAGCCAAGACAGUGAGGAUUGAGGGGGCUCCAAAUUCAUUCAAUGCGGAUGUUUAUGUGGAAAGCCUUGUUCCCUUAGGUGGUGGUGGACUGGAUGGGAAGACACAGCAACCGGCGCCAGAGGAAAAGAAGAAAAGCAAUAGAAAGAAGAUGGAUGAUUUUCUGUCAAAAGGCUUUAAACUGACUCUAUAAGCAAACAGGAGGAGAAAAAUGGGCACAAAGUGAAAAAUGAAAACAGGCCUCUCACACGUCCUUGUAAGUAAAUGGCACCUAAAGACGCAUCCGCAUCAAGAAGGGAGCGUUUCUUGAAGAAGCAUAGUAUGAAAAUGGCACUUGAACCCUGAUAGCUCCGCCGGUAUGUGGACUUUCACCAAACCAGAAUAUUUGCCGAUGUGUCUUGAAUUGCUGAGAGGACUCACAAUGGUUUAUGCAAUGGAGUAAUGAUAGUUAAAAUUUUUAUCCUUAAUGUGACUUUCAAAAUUACCAUUGGAUCAAAAUUUAAGUAUAAUUCAUCUAAAAUUUAAUGGUGAUUUUGAAAGGCACAUCAGCUUUAGGAGAAUUUUAGGAGGAUAAAAAGAUGGUACCUAGCAUUACUCUGUGCAAUGAUACCUUAAACAAGGUGUUCAUUUGAUUCUCUGUACAAAAUGCAAACUACUUUGAAUUAUUAAUACGCAAGUAUUUUAUGUUUUUUUCUCUCUCA